AUGGCACCUCAUGGCAAAGAACUCUCUGAGGAUCUGAAAAACAGAAUUAUUGCUCUACAUAAAGAUGGCAUAGGCUAUAAGAAGAUUGCCAAGACCCUGAGGCUGAGUUGCAGCAUGGUGGGCAAGACCAUACAGCGGUUUCACAGGACAGGUUCCACUCAGAACAGGCCUCGCCAUGGUCGACCAAAGAAGUUGAGUGCAUGUGCUCAGCGUCAUAUCCAGAGGUUGUCUUUGGGAAAUAUACAUAUGAGUGCUGCCAGCAUUGCUGCAGCAGUUGAAGGGGUGGGCG